AAAAUUGUUAUUGAAUCAAAAACUUAAAAAAAUCAGCUUCUUUUCUCCCUUAAGGUGCAUUCAAGUGUUAGUUGGGUUGGUAAUUUAUCACGUUUACAGAAUUAGACCGGAGCCAGGAGAACAUUUGAUCCAAUCCAAUCCAUUGCGCAGGUCACAUGUCUUAUUUUCCAUUGUCCGCAGAGCAGGGUGUGUACCGCGGGGAGGCUGUGUGGGUUGGGCCGAUGAGGAGGAGGGGUUGUCUGGGUGUUUUUCCUCCAGCAGCAUCCUUUUUAAUAUCCUGUGACAUCGCUUCUUUUGCUGAAAGAUGCUCAGGGCGGAGGAGGAGAUGCUGCGUUCACCCGGCGCGCAUGAGGUGCGUCUCGUCUUGUCUGACCGCAAAUAAAAAUAGACGCUGAUGCUGAUGCUGCUGCUGCACCUGUACGGAGAAGAAGAAAAUCUGUGGGCCCCACCCGAGGAAAUGGCCUUUUUAACGUGUCGCUUUUAGUCCUUUUGACUCCAAAAGAAAAAUGUCUAAAAGCAAACACUGCGAGGCGGUCAGGGUGGUGGUCCGCUGCCGGCCAUUCAGCAAGAGAGAGCAGGCAUCCGAGUGUGACAGCAUUUUGGUCAUGGAUGACAAACUGGGACAGAUCACCAUCAGGAACCCGAAGGCACCACCUGAUGAUCCAAUGAAGGUAUUCACGUUUGAUUCCGUGUACGGCUGGGAUUCAAAACAAAGCGACAUCUAUGAUGAUGCGGUGAGACCUCUGGUGGAGUCCGUGCUCCAAGGCUUCAACGUGACCAUAUUUGCCUAUGGUCAAACUGGGACAGGUAAAACGCACACCAUGCAGGGGGUUUCAAACGACCCAGACAUGAGAGGGGUUAUACCAAAUUCAUUUCAGCACAUUUUCACACAGAUAUCCAGAACUCAGAACCAGAAAUACCUGGUGAGGUCGUCGUACCUUGAGAUCUACCAGGAGGAAAUCAGAGAUCUGCUGUGCAAAGACAACAACAAGAAGCUGGAGCUCAAAGAGAAUCCGGACUGUGGCGUCUAUGUGAAAGGUCUGUCUUCGGUGGUCACAAAGAACGCCGCUGAGAUCGAACAUGUGAUGAACAUAGGCAACCAGUCCAGGUCUGUGGGGUUCACCAACAUGAACGAACGCAGCUCUCGGUCUCAUGCGAUUUUUGUUGUAACUGUGGAGUGUAGUGAAGUAGGGCCAGAUGGUGAGGACCACAUCCGGGUUGGGAAGCUGAACAUGGUUGACCUGGCUGGCAGCGAGCGCCAGAGCAAGACGGGCGCAAAAGGGAAGCGACUGAAGGAGGCAGCCAAAAUCAACCUGUCCCUCUCAGCGUUGGGGAAUGUCAUCUCAGCUCUGGUGGAUGGGAAGAGCACCCACAUCCCAUACAGGGACUCCAAACUGACCCGCCUGCUCCAGGACUCACUGGGCGGCAAUGCAAAGACAGUCAUGAUAGCAACAGUGGGGCCUUCGCACAAGAACUUUGACGAAUCCCUGGCCACGCUGAGGUACGCCAGCAGAGCCAAGAACAUAAAGAACAAACCACGGAUUAAUGAGGACCCCAAAGAUGCCCUGCUGAGGGAGUUCCAGGAGGAGAUUGCACGCUUGAAAGCGCAGCUAGAAGAGCGAGGGAUGCUCGCAAAGGAGAGGAGGAGGAGAAGGGACAGCAAAAGAUUGAGUAAAAGUAUGGCCGGCAUGGAAGAGGAGAUCCUCAGGGAGAGGGAUGGGGAUGUGUGGAAGGCUCUGUAUGAGGAACAGGAGGUAAAACAUCACCUGAAAGAGGGAGGUGACAUCCCAAAGGUGCUGAGCUGCCAGGGAGGCAUUGAGAAGUUAAAGCACCUGAGUGACAACAGGAAAAGCAUAGAGGACGUGCAGUGGGAUCAAGAUGCUUUGGAGAAGAUCAUAGAGAAAUAUAAGGCGAUGGAGAGCAAACUCCUGAUUGGAGGAAAGACUAUAAUUGAUCACACCAAUGAACAGCAAAAGAUGCUGGAGCUGAAGAGGCAAGAAAUUGCAGAACAGAUAAGACGAGAGAGAGAGAUCCAGCAGCAGAUGAUGUUGCAGGACGAGGAGACGGUAGAAAUGAGGGAGACGUUCUCCUCCCUGCAGCAUGAGGUGGAAGUCAAGACAAAGAAGCUGAAGAGGUUGUAUUCCAAACUGCAGAUGGUGAAGGGAGAGAUGAAAGAUGUCAUCGCCGAACACGUCACGACCAGACAGGAGCUUGAACAGACACAGAAUGAACUCACCAGAGAACUCAAGUACAAAUAUCUCUUGAUUGAGAAUUUUAUACCUCCAGAGGAAAAGAACAAGAUCAUGAACAGGCUGCACUUUGACAGUGAGGAGGAUCAAUGGAGACUCCAACCGGUCCUUCCAGAGAGUGCACCCACUCAGGUCAAGAGAAGGCCUCUCUCAGCUGUGGGAUACAAGAGGCCAAUUAGCCAAUAUGCACAGAUGGCUGUUGCCACGGCAACCGGGGCCCCGUGUAGAUACCAGGCUGAGAAUAUAAUGCUGUUGGAGUUAGACAUGUCUCCGCCGACCAUGUUCACCUUGAACCUUAAUGGCACUCACCUGGAGAGAGCCUUUUCCCCCAGACUGAUACGGGACAUCCUGGCAAACGUUCCCGUUAGAGAGAGGAGCGGCGCGUCGUCACGAGUCAGGAAGUCACACUCCUGGUAUCAAGCACCGCGAGCAGCAUCCGUCACGUCAUCCUCAUCGUCCACUGCUCUGACAUCAGAAUCUCAGAGUUUCUCUCCUCAGAGACAAAGACCAUCCUCCGCUGCUUAUCUUCCACACGGAGAUCCAGUUCAGACAAGCCCCUGAUACGUGUCGACGCAUCUGUACACAGGGGGGCUGGCCUUAGUUCAAGAUGGCACAAAGGAGACAUGGAGGAAAAUCUUAUGCCUUGAUUUAAAAAUGUUUGUUUUUCUCUUUCUCUCUCUCUCUCUUUUUAGAAAUAUUCACUUUAGUAAGCAUGUAUUCAACUUACUCGGAAAGGCAUUCAUCAUUUUUGCCUACAGUUGCCUGUAGUUUCUCUCGUGGCUUAGUCAGUCUCAAUGAAUAGCACAGCUUCUAAAAACAAAAAAAAAACAGGUUUGACACACAGUACAGUUUGAAGGAUCUUUGCAAUUUUUUAUUUAAUUAAAUUUCAACGUACUGUACUUUUUUUCUUUUUUUUUUUUACACAUUAAAACAUCAUUCACACGCACAUUUUUUAAAAAACAUAAAAGCCUGUAAAAUGUACCUGAUCUUUGCCAAAUCAAUGAGAAAUGAGGGCCCCGAAUAUUAGACUAAUGUGGUGGUGUGUGAGGGGGCCCGCCCUGGUUUAAGCCUGUUAUGCUUGAUGAACUGUUGCUUCAAUUUCUAGCUAAUGUAAUUGUGAGCCAAAAAAA